AUGUGGCUAGUGUGCCUUCCGUGUUUCGCGGCGUCGAUGUUUCUAUCGCUUUUCGGAAUCCGCUAUUACAUAAGGAUUCUCCGUUAUCCCGCGUUUUUGCUGGUCCCGGUGGUGUUGGCAGUAUUUAUGCCUCUUUCUAUUAUUUUCUUGUUGCCCAUUGAUUACAUCUCGCAUCACGUCAAACAUACAUUCUUUGAGGUCCCGGAGUCGGUAAUCUUGUUCUUAUGGAAAUCUAACUACUGGAUCACGUUUUUUCUCACUUGGCUCAUUUUGCCUUUUUUGCAAUCAUUUUACAGUUCCGGCCAUUAUAACAGUUCUGGCAAAGUUAAGGAUGCCAUACGAAGAAAUCUUCGUUUUCAAUUGAUCAUGUUGGCGGUGUCCAUUUUUGGAGCCAUUUAUCUUAUGCUAGAGGCAGGUUUGACCGUGGGUCAUAUGAAGCUCAUGGUGAUUGCUUUGGCGCAUCUUUACUCGUUGUUGCUUGCGUUGUGGUUGAUGUCUCAUGGCAUGGUCAGCAUCCCGCGCACCAUGUGGAUAAGCGGCAGUGUUCUUCUGGAGCUCAAUUACCACUAUGUAAAAGUUCCUCCUCUCGUGGACCAUUUGGAGGACUCAAAAGUGUCACUUCAAGAAGAUGCGUUACAAGUGAUGGUGAUGGCUCGUAACUUUGGCGGCGAAGGCGCCGAAUCGUUUCAGUUUCGGGACUGGAUCUUGCUGCUUUCUCGAAAAAUACCGGAUGACAUUUCCAUGUCCAUCGAGCGCCAGUUCCCAGACGCUGUAAACGAGACGAUUUCUCGUGACAAGUUGACGGUGGACUACAUGACCAAGCUCAACGCGCGGUUUAACGUCAAUCUUGAGCGAGUUGUGGCCUACAAGGCGGAAUUCGAUACGUUGUUUCGCAAAAUUAUCAUUCUUGAAGACAUAGAAAUGGCCAAGGCAAGCCAAGAGAGAGAGGUUCAUUACCGAAUCGACAACUUCCGUGCAAAUUUGUCGCCCAAAUUGGGCUUGUAUGUCCAUGGCUACUUUGCACCUGCCGUUCGUCGCAUUUGGUCGUUGUGCCUUUUCGCCAUGUCUUUUUUGAUUCUUGAAUCGGAAAUGUUGGGCUCACAUCUUUCCUUGAUCAACAAGCUCCUCGUGGCCUCAAACUCCAGCUUUUGGAAGUUGGCUUUCUCAUGUACAACUUUUUCGUACAUGCUUUUUGCAGCCCUCAACUCGCUCACCAAGGUCAAAAUCUUCAACAUGUACCAUCUUGUGCCCCACAAUUCCGACCCGGUGUCGGUUUGUUUCUUCACCACAUACAUUGCCCGUUUGACCAUCCCACUUUCGUACAACUUCUUGACGUUAUUUGCAUCGCGCGAGUCGGUGUUUGAGAGCUGGUUCGGCAAAUCCAUCCACCUCACUGGUCUUUUCAAUAUCUUGAACGACUGGCUUCCUCGGCUCGUAUUAUUGCCUGUGAUAUUAACUACAUUCAAUAUCUAUGAUCGUCUUAAAAGAAGACUUGGGCUCGAUUCUUGGGCCUUUGACGACGAUGAAGAACUGGGUCAAAGAGCCGAUUUGCAAAUUGUCGAAGCCAAGCGUAUUAUCAACCGAGAAAUGUUCAAAAGACUGCAACAGGGAGACCCCACAUCAUUACGAGAAUUCAAUCUUGCUUCUGCAGCAAACACUAAUUACCAAGCCAACCGACAACUGUUCCAUGACUCGUUGAGCAAUCGAAUCGAUAAUCCAGCAAUCGACUCUGAUCAAGAAUCAGAACCAUCCAACAAACCAGGAAUUUGGGGACGAAUGAACAAUGUGGUGAAUGGAGUAGCUGCUCGUUUCACCACCAACAAUCCUACACAACCGUACAGAGAUGAUGUAUUAUAG